UCGUAGCAGCUAGUCGUCGCGAUGAAAUUCUUGGUACUUUCGGUUUUUCUGUGCGUUUUCGUGACUACGAGCACGGCACAAACCACAAAGUCACCGACCGUGAUAAACAUGCAGAACUCCAUUGGCAGCUUGUUAACAGCCGUGCGUGAUCUGUCUCUCGCUAACGCCGCGCUCAUCAAGAAUACCGAAGAUCAAAUCGCCCUAAACUCGGCCUAUACCUCUGCGGAGCAACUGUACCAACUGUUCCCAACGUACGGAAGUGCUGCUAGCGCUUCCUUGCCACUUCCAAAUCGAACCAGAUUGAACACGGCGUUCGGCAGCUUCCAGGAUGCGGUGGCCGCUUGGGAAACCGCUCUUGAUGCACGCACGGUCGAAAAUCUUACCAAUACGUUCCAAAACGUUCAGAAAGAGUUUUUGACCCUGGCCGGUGUCGUUUACACGCUGUAA